CCAGAUUUUAAGAAUUUUCAGAAUUUUAUAACUUUGGUUGAUUGAUUUUAACAAUGACUCAACCUCAAGGUAAAGAGAUUACUCCUGUUGGUUCAAGGGUGUCUCAGAUAUCAUUUCUUAUCAAUGGAGUCAGCCAUUCUAUUUCAGUUGAAGAUUUUGGACCUUCGGUAUCUCUGGCAAAGUACAUAAGAGAGGUUGCUCUACUUACUGGUACCAAGGUGUCCUGUAACGAAGGUGGGUGUGGAGCAUGCAUUGUAACAGUUCAGAAAUCUACUAAUGAUAAACCAAGAUCUCUAAACUCGUGUUUGACUCCGGUCCUGCUUUGUGAAGGAUGGUCGAUUACAACUAUUGAAGGACUUGGAGAUAAAACAAAUGGAUAUCAUCCUAUACAAUCCAAGCUGGCGGCUGAAGGUGGAAGCCAGUGUGGAUACUGUUCCCCUGGUAUGGUUAUGCAGAUGCAUUCUUGGAUACAGGAACAUCCAAACUCAACUCACCUUGAGUUAGACAAUAUCCUAGAUGGAAAUAUUUGCAGAUGUACAGGGUAUAGGCCAAUUCUGGAGGCUUUUAAAUCCUUUGCUGGCAAUGUAACCGAUAUUGAAGAAUUAAAAAUAUGCAAGAGCACAGGGAAAGCUUGUCCUAGAACAGGAUCUUGUGGAAAAACCUCUCUAUCCUUGUCUGAAGGAUCUAAACUAAAUGAAUCAUUUGAGUGGUAUAGGCCAACUAAGUUGUCUGAACUACUUGAUGUUCUAAAGAAAUUGACUUCGGACACAAAAUACAGAAUUAUUUCUGGCAAUACUGGAAGUGGUGUGUAUAAAAACGAUGGACCUUUCACUAUCUUCAUAGAUGUGAACAAAGUUUCUGAGCUUCAUGAGUCAAGCUUGGGAGUUGAAGUAGUUCUUGGAGCAAAUAUCAAGAUUACAGAUGCAAUAAAUCUACUGACAACUGCUGAUAACGAGGUAUGUCAAGGAAUAGCAAAGCAUUUUAAUAAGAUUGCUGGUAAUGGGAUCAGAAACCAAGGAUCAUUGGCAGGAAACCUUAUGAUGAAAAACAGCCAUAUGGAUUUUCCCUCAGAUGUCUUUCUUGCUCUUGAAACAGCUGGAGCAAUGGUUGAAAUUGUAAGUUCUGAUGGCCAACUGACUGUUCUUACUGUAGAGGAGUUCUUUGCCUUAGAUAUGGUUCAGAAGGUCAUGGUGAGAAUAAAGAUUCCACUAGGAGCCAAAUCUGCUCCUAAGAAAAGCUUGAACAAGCUCUGGGCACAUGCAGGGCCUAUUAAUAGCAAAGCUAGCCAGGAAUGGAAAUUCAGAUCCUACAAGAUCAUGCCCAGGAGUUCCAAUGCUCAUGCUUAUGUGAAUGCUGGAUUCUUAGCACUUAUUGAUACUGGCGACAACUUCAGAAUCAUUGCAAAGCCAAGAAUAAUUUUUGGAGGGAUAAAUCCUGGCUUUGUUCAUGCCAAAGCUACAGAGGAGUUCCUCAUUGGGAGAAAUAUGAACAAUCAUGAUAUGUUUAUGGAGGCUCUUUCAAUCCUGGGUGAAGAGCUCACACCUGAUGAUGAACCAGUGCUUGCAACCUCACUUUAUAGAAAACAGUUGGCAAUGGGAUUAUUUUACAAGUUUUACCUGUAUGUCUUGGGCAAUACUGCAUCAAGUGCUGUACAGUCGGGUGCAUCUGACCUAGAUAGAGGACUCUCUGAAAGUGUUCAGUCUUGGGAAACGGAUGAAAGCCAAUGGCCAGUCUCCCAACCUGUGGAGAAAACAGAGGCUAAAGUUCAGUGCUCUGGGGAAGCACAGUAUGUAAAUGAUAUUCCAAGUUCUACUGGUGAGGUUCAUGCUGCCUUUGUCUUGUCCCAAAGGGGGAACUGUGAUAUUGAUUCAGUUAAAACUGAUGCUGCUUUGGCAAUGCCUGGAGUAAUAGCUUAUGUUGAUGCAAAUGAUAUUCCUGGAGUAAAUGACUGGAAACCCCUUCCCAUUCCUGAACCUGUCUUUAGUUCUGGAAGAAUAGAAUAUGCCGGACAAGCUAUUGGCCUAAUUGUUGCAGAAUCCAGAGAACUUGCCAUAGAGGCUGCAAAAAGAGUUGAAAUUACAUAUGCCAAUUUAGGAGAGGUAGUGACUGACAUGGAGAAAGCAAUGGAACAGACAGAAAAUGUUACAGCAUUGGGGGCACCUGUAGCAUAUGGAGAUGUUUCUGGUGCAAUGGCAUCUGCAGAUUCAGUUAUAUCUGGAAGGUUCAAAACAGGAUCACAAUACCACUUUUACAUGGAAACUCAUGUAAGCAUUGUGACUCCAACUGAGGAUGGGUUUGAUGUUGAGGUUCCUACUCAGGAUAUAAACAACACUUCAAUUGCAGUUGCCAACGUAAUGAACACAUCAGUAAACAGUAUCAACGUUUCUGUCAAAAGGCUCGGAGGAGGAUUUGGUGGAAAGGUCUUCUUACAAAACUCCUGUGCAACUGCAGCUGCUGUAGCAGCACACAAGUUGAACAGACCUGUUAGGAUUUGGCUUAGCCUUGAGGAUAACAUGAAGAUGCUUGGGAAAAGAAAUCCAUACCUUUUCGAAUACAAGAUUGGGUUUGAUAAGAACAGAAAGAUUGUUGCUGUCCAGAGUGAUUUUUACUGUGAUGGUGGCUGGAACUUCAAUGGUUGUGAUAGUCCUUAUGCAAUAUUUUUUGGCCAAAACUGUUAUCACAUUCCAAAUCUUAGUUUCUCUGCAUUUGGGGUUAAAACCCACACACAAGCCCAUACUGCAAUGAGAGGUCCGGGAAUGUGUAAUGCACAUGCCAUGCUAGAGAACAUGAUGGAACAAGCAGCUGCAGAGCUUGACAUCAAUCCAUUGGAGUUGAGACUAAAUAACCUUAUGGAGCAAGGUUCUCCAGUUAUACCACCUCCUAAUAUAUUAGAUGUCCCAUGCCCAAUCAAAGAGAUUGUUGAUCAGAUUAAGGCCAGCUCUGCCUAUGAUCAGAGAAUUGAGGCAGCCUCUGCCUUUAAUGAGGCAAACAAAUGGAAGAAAAGGGGUAUAUCUUUAGUGCCAAUGCGAUAUUGGCAUGAUAUGGAAGGAUGGGGAGUCAAGUUUCACUGUCUGAUAUCUAUAUUUGCUGACGAUGGAACUAUUUCUGUCACUCAUGGUGGAAUUGAAAUGGGUCAGGGUCUUAAUACAAAGGUACACCAAGUAGUUGCAAAAGAACUAGGCGUUGAUAUGAGUUUAAUCAAAAUCAAGUCUACAAUGAAUGUAACUAAUCCAAAUGGUAUCACUACAGGAGGAAGUGUUGGAUCCGAGAUGAACUGUGCAGCUGCCAUCAAUGCAUGUGCUAUUCUCAAUAGCAAUUUAGCUCCUGUGAAAGAGAAACUUGGCAGUGGGGCAACCUGGAAAGAUAUUGUAGCUGAAGCUAACAGGAGUAACAUAGACCUCUGUGCCAGAGUCAUGUAUGCCCCUGACACAGAUCCAGAGGUUAGAGGAUACAGUGUGUGGGGUUGUACUGUUACUGAAGUAGAGGUGGAUAUUCUUACUGGGGAAAUGUUUAUUGUCCGAUCAGACAUUAUUGAGGAUGCUGGAUUAUCAACCUCACCACAGGUGGAUAUCGGACAAGUUGAGGGUGCUUUUGUAAUGGGAUUAGGUCUCUGGACAUCAGAGCAGAUAAAAUUUGAUCCUGUUACUGGAGAACUACUGACUAAGAACUCAUGGGAAUACAAACCUCCCGCUGCUAAAGAUAUUCCUCAGGACUUCAGAGUAACCUUGUGGAAGAAUUCUAGAAACCCUCUAGGGAUCUUGUCAUCAAAAGCUACAGGAGAGCCUGCUUUGCUGAUGGCUGUUAGUGUCUUCUUUGCCAUCAAGGAUGCUAUCAGCCACAGUAGAAGGGAAGCUGGGCUUAAUGGAUGGUGGAAACUUGAUGCCCCUGCUACUGUUGAGAUGAUACAUCAGCAUUCUGGAGUGAAUCCAGAACAGUUUGUAUUCUAGAAUAUUUUUCAUUUUCAAGACUAUUCUGUGUCAAAAUAUUUAUUGGAAAAUGUCUUGUAAUUAUAUGAUUAUUAAAAUGGGGAAAAUACAUUUUUGCUUUGAAUUUUU